CCUGGCAAACGUAGGCCGGGCCAUCCCUAAGUCUGGCUGGUUCUAAAAAAAGCGGGCGUAGUUUGCUGGCUGAUGUUGCCAUACCGUGAGAUCUUACUUUCUUCCGCCUCCUCCAGGAUUUGAACCUAGUGGCAGUGCUAAACACUGACACAAGUUUGGCAUGAUGGCGCCAGAGUCUCGGCGCCUUUUCCAGUCACUUGAUAUCCGCAUUUGAGGCUGUGCCUCAGGUAUACUCUGCUCCGAGAGCAAGGGUAGACGAUAAGCCAAGGAGCUAAAACCCUGCCACGGGAUAUGAGUAGGAAUCUGAGCUGGUCAGAGCACCUCGAUGCCUUUCUGAAAGCAACUGAUGGAAAUGUAGCCCGGAUGAAGGUACCUGACACACUGAAGCAGGCUGUACAGUGCCUGCUGAAACAGCAGCAGCUGCAGAUGUACAAGAUCAGUUCCCUGGAAGCCUCAUUGCUGCAGGGGGCCUCAGAAGGGCAAACCCAUCUCCUAGAGCAAUGGAUGGAGGAGCUGAGAAGGGAUCUGUUGGACCUUCAGAUCCAGUUGCAGGAGCGGGCCCACAGCAAAGCCUGAAUGGAAACAAAAAUAGGAGAGUGCACUACUACCAUUGUUCUUCAUCAGCACCUACAGACCGAGUGGCAAAUGCUGUGGAAGAAGUCUGAGAUUCUGCAGAAGGAACUAAAGUUGCUGAGCCAGCACCAGGACCUACUAGUGAAACAUAUGGCUGAGGCCCAGCAGUCUCAGGCCUGCAGCUGGAAGAUCUCCAGAGGAGCACCCUUUCUAACCUCAAAUGUAGCAGCUCUUGCCUCCAUACUCAGAGUGUUAAGCAAGAUAACCUAUUCCUUCAGGACCUGAAGAUGCUCCGGAGUGAGCUGUGAGGAGGAUGUGUGAAUAGUGGAACAAAGCCUCCCUACAACUUGUUUUUGGGCAGCCUUCCCACUCCUUUGUCCAUUUGGAAUGUGGUGUCUCGACUGAGACUUUUCACUGUCUACCUAUCCCUUUUCUCUAGCUACAAUAAAAUAGCUAAACUUUC